ACCUAUUUUUAUUUAUAACUUUAAUAGCUUAUCAGCUAAUCUAGUCUUUCAAACCGAAAGUAGAAAAAUGGUGACACUUGAACAGGUACUGGAAAACUUUGAAUCCCACGAUGAUAGUGAGAUGAAGAGAAUAACAGAUAUUAUAACUGGCCUUCUGGCAAACGAAAAAACAAAAGUUGAAAGAAAAGUAGCUCAAGAAGAAGAACAAGUGAAAAAACUGAAAGAAAGAUUGAGGAGUCUACAGGAAAAUCCCAAGGAUGAUGGAACAAACUUAAAUCUGUCAGAUACAGAACAGAUAUGGAAACAUUUUGAUCUACAAAGAACGGGAGUUAUAGAUGAGAUAGGAGGAAACAGAGAUGAACAAACUGUUUGUCUAACAGACAAAGAAAACACUAGCCUCGGAAACAUUGCUAAUGCUGCUCUGAGUCUAUGCGCAGAAGAAUUUAAAAACCAAAAGGAAAACGUAUUAGCAGCCCUAACCGGAAAACCCGUGGAACUGUCUUCAAAUGAGUUGAAAGAACUAAGGAAUGAAAUCGAAACAUUUCAACUGGAGCUGGAAUCUGACCUUGUUCCCUAUCUCUUGGAGAAUUUGUGCAAAAGUCUAUCAGAGACCAACAUAUUGCCUUUAGUCAUAACCAAAAUCAAAUCAGACUGGAUUUUGAAAAUAAAUCAAUCAGAAGAUAUAAAACUCAAGGGAUCGCGGUGUGAAAAGUAUAUGAAAGCAUGCCUCAAAGUAUGUUGGAUCUUGAUUAAAGGUCAGCAGGAACCGGCAAAAUUUGUCUGGGAGGUUAAUGGCAAUGAAAAAUCAUUUAAAUGUUUGACAACCUCUUGCAAAAAGCAAAAGAGCUGUGAACGACGAGUGUGUAGACCAGCGGUUUACAGAGGAAGUGACACAAGUGAAGGGAAAUAUACAUGUAUGUCAUGUACCCCAGGUAAUACCCCAGAGCGAAAUGAGUCUGCAAAAAGCGAUAAAAAACAAAAUAGAAAAAGUGCCCCUGUAAACACAACCGCGCAACAUGAUGCUGGAAAACAGAGGAAAAGCACCUCGUCCACCGCAGCUCCAUUUACCAAUCAACCUCAAAAGGGCCUAGAUUUCUAAACACCUUACUAGGAAUUCCAUUUAUCACAUUUUAUAUAUUAUUUAGAUAAUAGUGUAAUGUUGUGAUGUACUUUUAAA